UCGAGUCCUCCGAGUCUUCUAGUCUCAAGUAAGUUUCCUUUUUCCCACUUGUUUCUUUGAGUCAUGUCUGACCACGAGGAUAGCCAGAACCUUUUCAUUCAUUCUUACGGUUCUAGUGCCUGGUCUCAGACCUCCAGUUCACAGUCCUCUUCUUCUUCAGAGCGCCCAGCUGCUUCUCCACAGAAGAAGCCGGUUGAGGCUUCCACUUGUGCCCCUUCUACUUCCGCGGCACAAGUAGUCUCGGUUGCUCGGUCUGUGGACGAGGGCUUUAUUCUGUUGGAUGACCGGUUGCUCUUGGAGCAACCAUCGUACAUGCAGAAGGCUCAAGUCCACGAGCUGCGCAACCUGAUGCGCGAUGGUUACCAGUUGUCCUACCGGGCAACGUGGAAGAAUAUUAUUUCUCUCCACGAGCUGCGCAACCUGAUGCCCCGCGGCGAGCCCUGGUCUUUUGUUCUGAUGGUCCGGUGUCAUGAGGAGCUCUUCCAAGCUUUCUGCUCCGAUUUGCAAGAGCAGGUCGGCCGGAUUGGCCAGGAAUGGUUUACCCGGCUUGUCAAGUCCAAGGAUGAGGAAAAGGCCCGGCUGAAGGGCAUGAUGGCCUCCAAAGAGGCCAAUUCUCAAGAUCAGGAGAAGAUCCAAGAGCUUAAGGGGGAGAAGGCGCAGCUGAAGGAAGAGGCCGCCCGGUGUGCUGAAGAGGUUGCCCGUCUGAAGGCGGAACUUGAGCAGGAGAGAAGUGGCCGGUUUGGAUAUGCUGCAGUCUGGGCAGCCCAAGAUCCCGAACAGUUUGCUGCCCAGGCUAGUCCUGACAGGGAGGCUGCCAUCCGCCUCUUCCAAGGGCUAUAUAAGCAUGAGGUCUCAGCCAAUGUCAUUGAUGAGAUCGGGACCUUUGGCUUCGAGAGCGCCGGGCCCUUUAUGCCAUCCUCUAGCGACGCAUCCAAGCUGCUAUCGUCCUCCGCUCUUCAACCAGAUUCAACUCAGCCAUGUGGUCAGCCUCGUUCUGACUGGGCUGAUACACGGCUUCUCUAAAUGUUGGGAAUUCUGCCUCGAUUGUUUUUUUUGGGAGAAUUGAUUUGGAGAGAACCUAGAUAUGGAGAACUGAAGAACAAAUUCAAUUGCCAAAUGAGAUUUGUUUGAUUUGGAGAAUUCCAAUUUGGGAGUGAAGGUUUGGGUGCGGAUGAAUAUAGGGAUACUUUGGGAAGGUCAACGUAAUUUUUACCCUAUCUUAAAAAUCACUCCCAGUCAAAGUGGGAAGUUAAUAAUAGGACGGAUGGAGUAUAUAAUUUUAAUAAAAAUAAGUAAGAUAUUAAAUUAUAGCCCACAGGCCUAAUAGCAGGAAAAAUUGUCCAGCCCAAUUGAUAUUUGCGGCCCAGUAUAUAUUAAUAUAUACUUUACCCUAACCCUACCUCCUCAUUUACGCCUCCAUUACAACCUUCGUCUUCAUCUCUCUGGUCAUCUUCUCUCGGGUCUUCUUCUCUCUGUCACCACCGUCUUCAUCUCUCUGGUCAUCUACUCUUUAUGAAUAUAUAUUUAUAAUCAGUUUGGAUUUAAGGAGAUUAGUUAUAAAAGUAUUUUUAUAAUUUAUAUUUUUUUUGAGACAUAUAUUCACUAAGUAUAUACAUCUAUAUUUAAUAAGGAGACUUCAUUUAU